UUUUUUCUAACUAUUUUGCUUCUUCUUGUUCUUGUGCUAGGCUGCAUGUUUGUUUUUCAUCCACAUUUGAAUCUCUGUCAAAAACUAUGUAUUGGGUUAGUAGUUGUUUUCUCAUGUAUUUUUUCAUCCACCCUCAUGCUGAUCGAUUUUUUUGUGAUAUUCAAUCCUUCAAAAUUUCAGUGCUUGGGUUGGGAACGACGCACUGCAUGCCUGAGCUAGCCAUCAUUUGAUUUUUCUUGUCUAUUUCGCGUUGCGACCGAAGACAAGCUGGAUGAGUAAAUUUUUUGACAGGCACGGAUGCGAUUGAUAAGUGGAAUGACAUCUGACACCGCAGCAGAGAAAAUUGAUUACAGUAGUGAAAUCAAGCAUGCAAGAUUAGGUUACACAUUAACAUUAUUAUUCUAUAUCAUAAUUGAUGAACAGUGGUUGUCCACCAGAACUUAUUUAUUUGAUGUUUAAGUUAGUCGGAAUCAUUGAAUCAAUUCCAUACCAAACUCCCUCAAAAAAGAAACAAUGUAGGAGUGUUUUCUAGACUAUUUGCGUGCUUUGACUCCGCCUUAAUAAUUUGUGCACCGAGUCUUAUUUCAUCGUGAUUGUCCAAGACAACCUACUACAUUUCCAAACUACCAAAGGACAUCAACAACGUGAACCAAGAAGACAAGAGCUGACAGCUCUCAAGCUUUAAAGCGACAACAGAACUCAAACUAUUGAGUACUUGCUCCACGUCGAUAGCUGUUGUCCUCACCGCUUUGGUACGAAGAGCAACCGUUGUACUAGUGCUAAAGCUCGUCAGCACAGCAACUUAGUCGUGACCUCCCUCAGAGAGGACUAAAAGCAGUCGUUAAACCCUUCGGGAAGGAACGAAUUUUAGUGGGGACAAACAAUAAAAACGAAGACGAAGUGGCUUCUGACAAUGUAGUGCCUACAACCAAGAAGAGGACUAGCAGGAGGUGGAUAUCAAGUGGGACCUCUUCCUUGAACCUCAACCUGGUCAACUACGGCAUACCCAGGCAAAACGGUAUUAGAGUCCAACGAGCACCGCGGCACUAUCGCUGCAGCUGUUUCUGCAUAUUGGCGAAGGAAGUGCACCAAGAACAGAGCAAGCUGGUAGAAGCCGCGUUGAACGAGUUAGAAUCUCUGCUUUGAUUCGUGGCUUGACAACACGACGACAACAACUAUUUUGUUGGAAUACCAAUCAUAGCCGGAAAUUACCAUUUUUGAAUGUCUGGCAUCUUUUUUUUUGUAAAAGCACGCAUUUUUUUCCUAGUUUCCCUAGGCGGUCUUUAAUCAUAAAAAGUAAAAGAGCAUACUACAACAUCAUUAAUAAGAUUUGUACGAGAAGGACAAGGAGAAGCCACGCAGUGGAGAAAGCACUUCUGCAUCUAUUCUGGCAAGACUCCUGUUUCACUUCUAGAAAGUGAAAGUGAAACGGGAGUAUAACAAUUGAUCCUGCUAUAAUAGAACAAUCGUUUGCAGUGUAUUACUAAGUAUCUCAAUCAACAAACGAUUUUUUUGGACAUCGACAACAACAAGCAUCAGUAAGCUCCCCUGUAAAGGACACAAGAGAAAUAUGAAUAUCCAGACCAGUGUUAACAUUUGCUUUGUUUUUUAGGUGUAUCAGUAUUUGCCUAACGAGCUUCUAAGUAUAUGUAAGAUUUUCAAAAAGCAGAAGGAGAAGCACGACUUACAAUACUUAGCGUCGAAAUUCAUGAUUUGUUUCAUGGUAGCUAAUCGAAGUACAAAUCCUGUCAAACCUCGCGAACAACAUCAAGUUAACGACUGAAGAACAAGGAUCAUAGCAGUAGUACCACAAGAACUUGGUCUGGCCAGUAGCAGUAAAUAUCACCAAAAGGAACUACCUCAAACUGAACGACACCCAACAACAGAUUCCUGACCUACAGGAGCAAGUUCUGUCAUUAGAAGUCUCAACACAACAUCUUGUUCAACAUCGCUGAUACGUGUUUCUUGUUGUGCCUGUGCAGCCGCAAGUUCAACGAAGAUGAGUGUGCCGGUUGUUGGUACACAGCAAGGGAUGGCUGACGACAUCAAUGCGGUCGUACAGCAACCUACUCGGGCGCUGUCGGCCCUCCAUGUGCUGGGAAGUAGCACCGAUGAUUUCUAUUUCAAGGUUUCGCUCUUGUACUCCAAAGCUUGCCACGUUUUCCCGACGACUCAGGUGCGGAACCAAUACGCCAUUGUGUGCCCUGACGGUGCCUGGUUCUAUUGCAAGGACUCCUUGGACAGCGUUUCUCUCGAAGACUUUGUGCGCCACUUACUUGCUUACAACAAAGUCGAAGAUCAUGAACAAGAACAAGAGGAAAAUCAGAACAAGGAGGUUUCUAACAACGACCAGACAGAAACAGCUGAACAAGGAGAUCAGAACAAUACCAAGGAGAAAGACAACAACGAAAUCGUCCAAAACAAGCAUUUCUCUGGACCUAUGACGUUUGGGCAAUGCAUGAGAACAAUUGAACAAAAUUCUUCGACAAAGGAGACAGACCUGGAUCUGAUUGUCCCGCACACCUUUGAUUUUCCUGGCAUGACUUCCAUGCGCGCAAUGGUUGAAGACUACUUUUUAUGGUUAGAGGACAGGAGCGAGAAGGUUUUAUAUUUAAUCCUUCGAAGUGAGCUACAGCUUUCUACACUCGUUUGAUAGCUUUGUCACUUUGUUCAGUACUACAAGAAAGUAAGUCUCACUACCGUAGUAGACUAGCCUCCACAAGCUUCGCCCGGCUUCAAGUUACUUUAGCACUUUCCUGCGGCCUCCCACGGGCUACAGCCGCUAGAGUAGAGACAGCCCGCGGGUGAGCUGUUGCACCCUACGAAUUGACUACGACAGGAGCCGAGUGCCCGCGGUGGCCGACUCAGAUGCGUCGACUCAUGUGCAGGGCAUUGCGCUGCCUUCGGUUUUUUUUUGAGAUUGCCGGGGGGGUCAUGCAAAUUCUUAAGAAUUUGCAAGACCCCCACGGCAGUCCAACAAAAAAACCAGAAGAGAGCCACCAGACACGCACAAGAAUCCGCAAGCCCCAACGCACGCAAGCGCCUCGCGGUGGCGCCAGGCAAGAACGAGGGGCGACCUUGAUGGGCCAAACAAGACAAAGCAACGCAGGGCCGCGCUGCUUGGGUCUCUCUACGCGCUUACACCUGGCGGGGCUUCUUUGUUUCGUCAGAUGUCUCUCGUCAGAAACAGGCGGGCGCACUUCGCGGGGUCGUGCGGCGUCGCGCUUCGGGCUGUGGCUGAAGCCUCUCGGCUGGCUGACGUCUUUCACCAAGCUGGAGACUAAGGCUCUCCAUCAGGCUGAUGCUGUUCGUCAGCCCAACGCUCUGCGCCAGGCUGGCGGCGUUCGUCGGGCAGGCCGGCGCCCCUCGGCAGGCGUCUUGGGUCAGGCUGAGGCUUUUCGUCAGGGUCGGGCGACGUCUCUCGUCAGGCUGAAGCGCUUCGCCUGGCUGACAUUCCUCGCCGGGCCGAGACUCACGCCUUUGGUCAGGUUGAUGGCUUGCUUCAGCUCGGCGCCGUUCGUCAGGCUGAUGCACUCGCCAGCCAGGUGAGGCCUCUCGCCAGACCGGCGCAAUGCUUCGCCAGGCGUCUGCCUUGCGUCGGAGGGAACAGGCUGAGCGGGGCCUUUCUUCGGGCUGCGGAUGUCUUUCCUUCGUAAGAUUGACCCCGUUCUUUCGUCGGACUGACGUGCUUCGCCAGAUUGACCGCGUUCGCCGGACUGACGUCCUUCGCGAAAGGUCUUCGCUAUCUUCAAGGGCCUCGCGCCACAGGGAGGCCUCGCGUCAGUUUUUCUGGCGGAGGUCGUUCGUCAGAUGUCUGCUGUCGCGGGUCUCACUCUUGUCGUGUCGGAGGUCUUGGGCCCAAAGGUCGUCUUUGGUCCACGCACAGGUCGCCGGUGGUCCACAGGUCGCCUGUGGCCCAAAGGUCGUCUUCGGUCCAAAGGUCGGCUUUGGUCCAGAGGUCGUCUGUGGUCCAGAGGUCGCUUUUGGUCCAGCGGCCGUCUUUGGUCCAAAGGUCGCCUUACUUUGGUCCAAAGGUCGCCCUACUUUGGUCCAAAGGUCGCCCUACUUUGGUCCAGAGGUCGAAGGGUCGCCUUACUUUGGUCCAAAAGUCGCCCUACUUUGGUCCAGAGGUCGGCGCACUUUGGUCCAAAGGUCGGCUUACUUUGGUCCAAAGGUCGGCUUACUUUGGUCCAAAGGUCGCCUUACUUUGGUCCAAAGGUCGCCUUACUUUGGUCCAAAGGUCGCCCUACUUUGGUCCAGAGGUCGCCGGGUCGCCUUACUUUGGUCCAAAAGUCGCCCUACUUUGGUCCAGAGGUCGGCGCACUUUGGUCCAAAGGUCGGCUUACUUUGGUCCAAAGGUCGGCUUACUUUGGUCCAAAGGUCGCCUUACUUUGGUCCAAAGGUCGCCUUACUUUGGUCCAAAGGUCGCCCUACUUUGGUCCAGAGGUCGCCGCACUUUGGUCCAGAGGUCGCCUGUGGUCCCGCGGUCGUCUUCGGUCCCAAGGUCGUCUUUGGUUUCAAGGUCGUCUUUGGUCCCAGUGUCGUCUUAAGUCCCAAGGUCUCCUGUGGUCCAGAGGUCGCCUGUGGUCCAAAGGUCGCCCCUGGGUCAAAGAUCGCCUUUGGGCCAAAGAUCGUCUUUGGGUCAAAGAUCGCCUGUGCUCCAAAGGUCGUCUUUGGUCCAAAGGUCGCCUUUAGUCCGAAGAUCGCCCUUGGUCCAACGGUCGCCCUUCGUCCAAAGCUCGUCUUUGGUCCAAAGAUCGGCUUUGGUCCAUGUGUCUUUGGUCCAAGGUCUUUGCCCUUUCGGUGGGCGGUCUUUCGUUGGCUGUCUCUCUUUGGACUUUUCUCCCCAGCUUGCGCCCCCACCCCCGUCGGCCAUUUUUCUGCCUUCUUUUCUGGUGGUCUGCCACGGGGCCGCAACGUAAAUCCCAACAAGGAAACGGCCGGAGGCUAUCGGGCUUGAGACUGAGGGGAAAGGGCAGGAGACUAUGGGCAAUAGCUUCGCGAAAGAAGCUGACUAAUCUCCGGUGGGUUAGGCGGGGAGUUUUAUGGCGGCGAUCAAUGGCGAGAUUAAUAAUAUAGAUUAAUAAUAUAGAUUAAUAAUAUAGAUUAAUAAUAUAGAUUAAUAAUAUAGGUUAAUAUAGAUUUUAUUUUUGUUAUGUUUUUUAUCUAUCAACUUAUAAUAAUUUACUCUUCAUCUUUGUUACCUCAACAACAUGCUUACUUUCAUAAAGCGGGGUGUCAUGCGCCGGACCCGAAAUGGUGCAUAACGUCAUGGCGCAGGACAAAUCUAUAACACGAGCGGUUUUGCAGCAAGCUGGUAUACGAGUGCCCAACGGUCAGAACUUGGUCAUGACCAACUGGCACCGCAAAGUGCAGUGGAUUGGUGGCUAUGCUGGUGGACAAGGCCCCGCGUCGACUACUGAAGGAAGUACCACAAAGACACAGGAAAGAACAUCAGCUGGCACUACAAGUACAACCACGACUUCAUCGACCGGUACUGCAUCGGAAGAGGUGCAAGGAGCGGCGUCGGAAAAUAACCCUACAGCCACUUCCCCUGCUUUGAUAAACCAGGUUGAGCAGGAGCUGGCAUCGAAAGGUGACAAGAACUACUACAACGCUUCGUCGCUUGGUGGUGGGGAAAAGCAUCCUCCUUCAAGUCCAACCACUUCGACAUCGGGUGUCAGCACGACGUAUUCAGGUGCUAGUGGGCAGGAUGACUCUGAUCCACAGCCCAUCAACAUUGGUGGCGAUGCAGGCGCAAAAGGAAGAUUAUGAAUCACAUACCCGAGGCUGUCCAGUAGACCUUGUUGAGUGGUUUUUUUUGAUUCAAGUUCAACUUGAUGAAUGAUUCAUUUGAGACAUUGAAAAGUACUUUCACCAAAAAGGGCUCGUUGUAGAUGAUACCCUCGCUGAAUGUUUUUCACCACAUACAACAUCAACUUCUUUUUCAUUUUUCAAAUACAAGGAAGGACUUCGACUUCAUCUUUUCUAACUACAGCAUCAGAGGAAGACGAGGAUGGCCAAGUAAGUACGUCAAGCCCUUUCACGAGCUCAAGCAACGCUGCCUCUUCACAGUCGUCAGUUCCUUUUGGUGCUAGCUGCAAGUCUACUGUCACACGUGGUUUUCAGUUUACUACCGAAGAUCCGAAUCGAGAGAUGGGCAACAAUGUUCCUCCUUGCGAGAGGACGUCGUCCACGUCAUUCGAUGAAGAUACGGAAAGACGUUUGUGGUUUCAACGCGAGGUCGAGAAUAUUCUGGCAGGGCAACUCACAAUGCAGCCUCCAUUUUUACGUCAAGAACUAUAGUCUUUUAUCUAGGUCAUGAUAGAUAAGAUAAGUAGUAGGAGUAGUUGUAGUAGCGCGUUCCUUCUCGCCUCACGUCUUGUUCUUCACAACAUCAGAGUAGACACUAGAAAAACUCAGAGAGAGAAGAUUCAUGAGGGAAGUCGUAGCCAAACCAGAAGCGACUAGCAUCGUUAGGUGUGUGCUCAUCGAAGGAUGGAAUAGCCAUCACAUGAGCCAACUCUUUCACCUUCUAAAUAUCGUCGUAAAGCCAAGCCGUGAAGAUAACAGCCGAGGAGUGGGGCUAGUGAAGUGUUACGAAGACAUACUCCCGAAGUGUCUCCAUGCGUUCAAAUAUGGCGAAACUGUGGUAGUCGAAGAGGUCAUUCCUGGAAGGUAUUUGUUUUUCAACUUCAGUUGAUACAUCAUUUUUUCGGUAAGAACUUCAACAACAUGAUUCGAGUCCUCAAAGUAUCUCGUCGUCAACAUGACGUUACUCCUGCUCUCCGCCUAUUUCGAGUGUCCUAGUAGCGACCGUACAAGCAUGUAGCAUGUCGUACCUAGUAGUAGUACUGGUAACGACUCCACUCCACUUCCCUUCAGGGAAAUGCGAUGCGGUGUCUUGCAGCAAAGGAUUGAUGGCGAACUGGUGACCCGACCUUUACCUGCAGCAAUCGAGUACUUCCUGACGAGUCCGGAUCAGCCCAUCCGUGGUGAAACCGACAAGCUCACGAGUAAGUUUAUGGGUCUUCUACGGAUUUUUUUGAUAGCUAGAAGAAAUAGAAGACUUCCACCACUCUUAAAGAAAAAGGAGUUGAACAGGUUGUGCUGAUACACAUUGAAAUAUGAAGAUAGAUGAGGAACUGCAAACAAUCGGCGAUGAGUGUAAACUUCUAUUGGUCACGGCUGUUGUAUUGUAGAAGAGCGAAAGAGCCUGUGGAAAUGUCUAAUCUCUCCAAGAACAGCGAAAACGGGAAUAAGGUGACAGAUAAUCUCGUGCAGACAAAGUGUGCUCGAGCGAUCCCGGCUGUCCUUUCUCGCGAGCUCGAAGCGGAGUUAAACCACCAGGCUCGUGGUGCUUUUGAUUAUGACAGUGCGUUAGCAAUCAUCUAGAUCUACAUCUUUUGGCUUCCUUGGCCGUAACAAAACUGAUUUCCUCUUUUGAUAAACCAAAAGUAACAACAAGAGUACUUAUAACAUCUUCUUCGUUUUAGGGGAGAAAAUGAAAGAGAAUCGUCAAAAUGAGAAAAAUAUACCUCUUAUUUGCUCACCUCUAUACUCCUUCUCCUUCUAAGACCUAGCCUUGCACGGUCGUGACUUCGGUCUUUUCGAUUUUCGCGUGCAUGCUGAGACCAACCUUCCACAUGUGAUCGAAUGCUGCACUUUUUGGUCCUUCUCCCCGAUUUCCGCAAUUUCUCUCAUGCUGGAGGGCGGGAAAGAACCAUUUCAGCCUGCAGUGCUGGAGUGCUGGCAGUUGGCGGCCGCGCGCACCAAGACGAAGCGAAGGUUGACGGGACGCUUCUUUGCGAAAUCAGACGACUGA